GCCUCCGUCUCUCCCCCGCACUCCAUCGCCUCGCCGCCGUUCCCCGCAAUCUCACGGAUAUCACCCGACGCCUCGUCCUCCUCUCCAGAUCAGAUCCCUGCCCGAGCUGGUAGCAGCAACCAACUGUUCUGCUGCUGCAGCCUUCUUCGCCGCCAAAAGGAAAUGAUGCUCUACGAAAUCCACUCCCAUGCCCAAAUCCAAGACCUGCAGGCCCGCUCCGAUGAGCUGGGCCACCCCGAAGGCAUAAUGGGUGUGGAUCUUGUCUCUCUGGAGUCGGUGCGCAUAGCGCGCGAGUCGUAUGCACUCCUCUGCCCGCUGAUCAAGGAGUUUGUGUUCUGGGGAUGCCCGCAGCUGAAAAACCUCUCGGUCGUGGCACGCUUGUCGCUGGAAAUCCAAAUGCUCGAGCAUGAUGUGUUACCCCAGCUCAAGGUUCAGGAAGCCAAGCUGGAACAGGGCGCCCUGGAAGCCCUCCUACUCAUGAAGAACUCAGCAAUUAUGCUCUUACAUCUGAGGAAGCGCUUUAUGUUAGCCUUGGGCGUAUUGCUUGCCGAGGAUGAUCUGGUCUUAGCCCGAGUCAAAAAGCUGAGCAUAAUGCUAAAGGAUACUGCUGAUGCUGUACUCAAAGGUGAUGGUAACAUUGCCUGGCUUGAGGAGCGUGUCCUGUUGCUGGUCCAGCUGGUCACCAAUGUGUUGGAGACCCCGGUUCGUUUCUAUGAUCCUGAUGAGGACGAUGAGAAGACCUAUCAGCCAGCUCGAGGCUGUUGUGAUGAGUAUUUCUUAGGGGCGUGGCAAACAGUUUAGAAUCAAAUGUUGCGAUGUAUUUCUUGGACCCUCCUUUAUGUUUGGAUGUGUUAUUAAUGGAUUUUAAAUGAUAUGUAUCUUGGGUAGUGUUUUCUCA